AUGCCAGUGCCACCGCCACCUCCACCUCCUCCUCCUCCUCUGCCUCCACCUCCCCCGCCUCUGGGAGCGCCUCCCCCUCCCCCGCCAUCAGCACCCCCGGCGAGUACAGAAGCUUCCAGCUUGAGAAAGGCCGAUCCCAAAGGUCGAAGUGCACUGUUGGCUGACAUCCAGCAAGGAACUCGCCUUCGGAAAGUCACGCAGAUCAAUGACCGCAGCGCCCCGCAGAUUGAGAGUCCUAAAGGAGCCAACAAAGAAGGAGGAGGUGCUGCAAACUCUCGAGGAGGGAGCACGCCCCCAGCCCUGGGAGAUCUGUUUGCUGGCGGCUUCCCUGUGCUGCGACCGGCAGGCCAGAGGGAUGCAGCAGGCGGCAAGACAGGGCAGGCCCCUGGCUCCCGAGCGCCUUCUCCCCGGCUUCCCACCAAAACCAUCGGCGGGCCACUCACCGCCCCUGCGUCUCCCAGGCUAGGCACUGCCUCCGAGGCCAGGGCGGCCCCUGCUCGCCCCAGCGUGCCUGCCCCACCCCCUCCCACCCUGCCCCCACCACCCCCGCCGCUGCCCCCACCCCUGCCCCCUUCUUCCCCCAUCAGAGCUCCGCUGGUGUCCCCACCUGGCUCACAGACCAAAGGGAAUGCCCUGGCAGCUGCACCCGCCCUGCCCUCUGCACCGCCCUCUGCCCCCCCUCCGCCUCCCCCUCCGCCCCCACCACCUCCCCCAACGCCACCCCCUCUCCCCCAGACCCCCAUCCUCAGUGACAGGACAGUGAAGCCGCAGCUAGCCCCCUUGCACUUACCGCCCGUCCCACCCCCGCUGCCUCUCCUCCCGCCCUGCGGACACCCGGGGCUCCAUGCAGAUGCUGCCAGCCCCACCCAAGAUGCCCGGGAGCCUCCCGUCCCGCCCCCGCCCCCGCCGCCCCCGCCCCCACCACCUCUCCCCAUUUACGCCACCUGCACCCCGAGGUCCUUGGUGCCAUCAUCACCCCCUGUGCCAGGCCCUAACAACAGCAGCGAAGCCCCACCCCCACUGCCCCCCAAGUCCCCCGGCUUCCAGGCGCAGCCCCCAAAGCCCAGCGUGCAGGCCUUGCCCGCCCCACCCGCCCCGCCUGGGCAGCCCUUCCUGCAGAAGAAGAGGCCAGGCCGAGGCCCAGGUACCAGUGGGGGAAGGCUGAACCCACCCCCAGCACCCCCUGCGAGAUCCCCCACCACGGAGCUUUCCAGCAGGAGCCAGCAGGCCCCAGGCUGGGCCCCGACCCCACAGCCGGGAGGCCAGCUGUGGAACGGAGGCCUGCACAUCAUCGAUGACUUCGAGUCUAAAUUCACGUUCCAUUCCGUGGAAGACUUCCCGCCUCCAGAUGAGUAUAAGCCCUGCCAGAAGGUCUACCCCAGCAAGAUCCCCAGGAGCCGUACACCUGGUCCCUGGCUCCACGCUGAGGCUGCUGGGCAGAGCUCCGAUGACAUCAAAGGCAGAAACUCUCAGUUAGCUCUGAAGACGCUCCGGUGA